UACGCGACUGAGAACACCGCGGCGCGGAGCGGCCGCGUCCGCGUCAUUGAACAACAAGACUCGCUCGAUGGCAGGCGCCUUCCUGCCAAUAUGAAAAAAAUAGUGCUAGUAAACUCUGUUACAAAAUUCGCGAUAGUAGAAUUUACAUGUUAUCUUUGUUUUACAAAUUAUUUAUUUUUAUAGUGUUAUUACAAUGAAAAACAUAUUUUUAUUUAUUAGUGAAUGAUAGUUAAUUAUUGAAAAAGCGCUUUACGGGUGUUGUAAUAUCCGUGUAUCGCCCAGUGAUUGUUUUGUUUAAAUAUUUUAAGCUUCUAUAAGCAAUUUACAAAAUGUGUGGCAGUGUUUAAAAGAGCAAGCUCGUUCUUACUACGGCAGUGUGAUCGAUUUGUCUACAAGUGAAUACAACGGAGUGUCAUCGCAAGAGAAACAAACACAGCCCUCAAUUCUGUGGAAACCUACACAAUUUGUGGCCAACACUGAUUCAAAUAUGUGUUGUGAUUUACAGAUGCUCUCGGUACAAGUGCCGGGGUGCGCGGGCAUGGAGCGGUUGGGCGCGCCGGGGGGACCGCGCCUACGGCACGACCACAGACACCACCAUUCCACAUUGGAAUGGGAAAAACAGCAGAGGUUGCAGGCGAUGGUGGGUCGCCUGCAGGAGAUGGUGGAACAGGAGACGCGCGCAAGGUCUGCCGCCGCGGCAGAACGCCUCGGCCUGCCACCCAGCAUACAGCUCCCAGACGGCGAGUACGGACAGGAUGCCCACCUACAGAUACGAGUCCCUUAUCAGGUCCCAAGCCGAGCUGACGAGAAGCAGCUUUCAGCCGCCACCGAACAAGUGCGUGAGCGACGUGCCCGAGUGGGCGGGCGCGGCGGACGCGCGGCGCAGCCAGGGCGGCGCGGGCGGCGGCAAGAAAGACGGUCUACUGCAGAAGGCCACGCGCUGGUGGGUGCGCAUGGGCGCGCGGCCGCCGCCCGCCUUCCUACCGGCCGCGCCGCCGCCCUGCGUGAUGGUACCGCGCCGCGCCGCGCCCUCGCCGCCGCCCGACGCGUGACGUCGCCGCUCCUCCGCACCUCUCUAUCAUAUCACGCUUACAUUCCAUUAUCGGGACGAUCAGACUCGCCGGAGUGCACGCGCGUCCCGGAGUAUUAUAGACUUGGUAAUUUAUUUAUUUGGGACUCGCGGGCGAACGCGGACGCGCGCGCGUGCUUUGUGAUAUGUGCGACAGGGUCGUGUUGUGACAGUGUGGAUCGUGCGGACCGUGUGGAGUGAGUCGCCUCACUCGCGAGCGUUGCUAGUCUUAUACUUUAAUCGGUUUAGACGUAGAGGUAAUUGUUUCUAUUGAAAUUUUAUGAAACGAGACGAGGUUUAACUGCCCGCUAUUUGUGUUAUAGGUGUGUAUGGCGUUGCGUAGAGUGUACGUCCGUGUUCCUCGCACUGUCUUUGAGUUUUCGAAAACUAAGACUGAAAUAAAUAAAAAAAGAUAACACUAUAAAGUUUACAUUGUGUAUGUUGUCUUAGGUAAAAUUAAUUCAAAUAGAAACAAUUAAAAUAUAUAAUAUUUAAAGAAUCUUUCGAUUGUAACCUUCGAUGAUAUUGUAUAUUAUGAAAAGGCUCAGUCAAUAGUAUGCUAUUAAUGUCUUGCGAUGUACAGUUCAUGUUUAAGUAACCUAUUUUAAAGUUUAAUUUCUAUCCAGCAGCUAAAUCUGUGUUUAAACAACUUUUAUAUUUAUUUAAAUAUAAUAAUGUAUAAAAUAAUGCAUAUCAGUACAGUAAUCGCGAGGAAUAUUAAUUUACAAAGCAUAGUUACUAUUUUAUUGUAAAUAUUGUCUCUUAUUUAAUAUUAGACUAUUUGAUGACCAAAAGCCAAAAUACGAUGGUCAUUUGAUUGAGUGUUUGCUACAUUCCAUAUUUAUGUUGAAAUAUUUUCAAUACUUUACUGUACUCGCUUUCAUUUAUCUGCUGACAACCCAAGCAACUCACACAUUUUACUAUCUCGCUCUUUGCUUUUAGUUAAACAACAGUAAUUAUGUCAUGCUGACAAUAAUUAAAUAGUGAGUAAUGUUAUCAAUGCAGAUAAAUCUCAUUAGAGAAUAGUGAUUGAUUAUAAAAUUGGUUGAAGUAGUUAUAAAUUAAGUAUGUAUUUAUUACUUAUCACAUAAGGUUGGGUAUUGAUGGCCUGCUCCUUGCAGGUAUAAUAUAUUUUGAGAUAACAUAUAGUUGUAUUCCUAACGGAAAUUGUUCCAACUUUCCACUGUAGUCAUUAAAAAGUGAUAUAGCUGAAAUUAGUUAAUUUGCUGCAAUAGGCAUAAUGUUUUCCAGAAAUCGUAAAGGUUUAUAAGCAUUACUAGAUAAUAGAAAUUUGGUGCUUAAUCCAAUUUAAACUUAAAUAAUUGUUAUUAAGUAUAUAUAUAUAUAUAUGCUUUUUUUGUGAGAAAGCACAUAUUAUUGUUUUAUCUAAUAUUAUUGACUACAGUAUUUUUGAAGUAUCUAUAUGUUAUAAUGCCUCAUCUACAUUAGUCGAAACAUAUUUAUCACAGCUUAAUGAUAACAUACGAAUGGCUGCAAAUAUUAUGUGUGUUGAUAUUACUGGCCUAAAAUGUAGAGCUUAUAACAUUUAAACACACUUUUUCAAAUUCUUUCUACGUAUAAAUAUGUAAUUACUCCGGUUUAACCCAUAUCAAUACAAAGACUAUGCACAGCAAUACGUUCAGGUUAAAGCUACAUUAAGCGGCGCACGAAACACUAGUAAUAACCCAUAAUAAAGAUUACUAUAGUUUAUGGCUACAUUAUGCACCAUAAACAAAUUCAAUAUCCAGCGAGAUGAGACGAGACGCGAGAAAUUAGGGUAUUUUACAAUAAUGCAUAAACGCUUUAUAGUGUAGCCACAUUUCGGUUUUUUUGCUGUUCUGUUUUUUAAAUCAAGGCAUAAUGUAGCCUCGACCGAUAAGGUGUUGUGAGCAUUCAAUAAUUGAUAAUUGAUCAGUACUUCAGUCCUUCAAUACGCCUCGCAUACAGGCAAUAUUGUUGAAAAUGCUUGCUUUUGUGCGCUGUUCCUAUUGAUCAAGUACAAUCAUGACAAAGGGUUAUCAAGAUAGAAUACACGACCAAAUUAUAAUUUAAAAUAUGUAUACAAAAAUGUCGUAGUUUGUAAAACUCAUAAUCCUUUUAACAUUACUUUACAAAAAAAAGAAGUGAUAAGUAUUUCUAUUAACUGUAAUUUGUGUCAAAAAAACAUUCGGUUAAAAUCAAACCAAGAUUUAUAUUUCACAAACUUAGACAUUUUUAUAUAAAUUUCCUGCAACUAUCUUGUUAAAUAUAAUUUAGAACUCGAUUCGGGGUACCACCUGAUUCACAGUUCAUAUUGUUCAAAUACAAAUUGGCUAAUGUAAUCUAUCACAGAUUAGAGUACGUCUAUAUGUAUAUGUUAAAAUUCAAAACCGAAGCCCCGCAGCUACUAGUUUUAUCAAUUCAAUACUCAGAUCUGGCAAGUGGCGUUUUAGAUUCCGAACCAUAAUUCACUAGUAAACCUAGUAGAGUCGGAGCUUCGAGCAUUGAAUAUAACUUGUUAUAUGCAAAUGCUAAGAGUAGUAAGUGUCUAUAUUGACUGAAUUUUAUUUAAUCCUGAGUAGAACGACUGUAUUAUUUAAACAAUUACAAAACAGGUACCUAGAGCAUUUUGAACAAUAACAUUGGUUCAUAUUAUGUGACUUUAAUGGCACAUUCAGAGAAAUCUUAGUAAGACACUAGAAAUAUUGUGUCGCGUCAACGUGUCGCCACGAACGAGACUAAACGCACUCGUUUUUAGCAAAAGAUUUGUAACAGAAAGCGACUUUAUUGUAAUUUUUAAACUACAUUGCCUCUUAUGCUCUAUGGCAACUAAAGUACGCCGUUGUGACAAACAGAAAUAUAUUAUGACUCCCAGCGCGUGCGGGUGCACAUUGUAGUACGGCCGCUGGGAGUCGUCGUUCGGCGACAAUUAUUUUCUGUACUUCAAGUGCUAAAGGUCAAAUUUUCUAGUGUCUUGUUAUUAAGAUUUCUAUGAGCAGAAAAGAUGAUGAUUGAAUACACUAUUUAAGUAUCGAUUUGGUAAAAGUCAAUAUGGUUCAUGAGAAGAUGACUAAACGUAGAGAAGGAUAUUGGAAAUAACUGAAUGCAGAGUGCUGCAAGUAGAAAACAAGAUGGUUGGUUUACUGGUGCUGUCACAGUUAAGUACAUACAUGCUAGUUUACACUAGUGAUGCCCUAAUUAUGGACCUUGGAAUAUUUUUUGAAAUAAAUACUAGUGACAUAACUGUAGCUUUAUAAAUUAAUUGGUUGAA